AUGGCCAAUGCUGCUGCUGCUAGUUUUUCAAAGAAUAACGAUGAUGAAAUCAGGAUAAUGGUAAAUUCCAUCGAAAAAGAACGAGUAGGGGUCUGUUCCUUGCUGUCGGUAAACAGUAUAUUUCGAGUGCCCCCGCUGAUUCGAAAGCUAAGGCCAGAAGCCUACACACCUCAGUUAGUCUCAAUUGGCCCUUUGCACUAUAACGAGGAACACUUGCAGCUCAUGCAAUCACAUAAAUUGCGCUAUUUAAAUCAUUUCCUAGAUCGACAGAAAGGGAAAAAGACCUUGGAUGAUUAUGUCAAAGCAGUGAGUGAGGUGAAAGAAGAUGCUCGAAAAUGUUAUUCAGAAACCACUGGAAAGGGAUUCCAAGAAGAUGAGUUUGUCAAGAUUAUGGUGAUAGAUGGAUGCUUUAUACUGGAGUUCUUGGAGAUCAAUAAAAGAAGGGAGCGUGAUGAUUUAGUUUCAAAUGAUUUAUUGUAUUGGGAAAUUCUCCAAGACCUGAUUAAUCUUGAAAAUCAGCUUCCCUUUUGUGUUCUCAAGUGUUUAUAUGACAAAACCUAUGAAGGGUUAUCAACCCCAAACACCAUGAGUCAAGAAAUCUAUGAGUCUCUGUUACGUUGGUUUGUAGAAGAGUUUCAUGGCCCAGCAAAAUUUCCAUCAAUCCAAUUCCCAGAGGGCGAACCAAAGCACAUUCUUGGUCUCUUACAAAAAGUCCUCAUCAAAUCAUCUACGAGAUCGAGGAAAGAGAGUAAAAUGGAAUUGGAUCGUACGAGUUGUGCCUCAAAACUUAAGGGAGCUGGUGUCAAGUUCCAAAAGGCGGAGACAUCUUUAUUUGACAUAAACUUUGACAAGGGAGAAUUGACAAUCCCAACCAUUGUGAUUGUUGACUCGACAGAACACAUCCUUAGAAAUCUCAUUGCCUUUGAGCAUUAUCAAGAAGAAACUCGUUUUUUCUCAAUCUACGCAACCUUCAUGGAUGGCCUCAUUGAUACUCACAGGGACGUGGAGUUGCUAGAAGAGGAGGGAAUUAUUGAGAACAAACUUGGCAACCCAGAAGAUGUGGUGACCUUAUUUAACAACAUCGUCAAACAUGUUGUGAACAACGAUACUUAUUUCUCAGGUGUUAUCGAGGAUGUGGAGAAGUAUCAGAAAAAACUAUGGAAUAGAUGGAGGGAAAGUUUAAUAGAGAACUAUUUCAACACACCAUGGGCAUUAAUUUCAUUCAUUGCUGCACUCUUCCUCCUCAUCUUCACACUUGGACAGACUAUUUGUUCCAUCUUACAAGUUGUAUGGACGAAACCUUAA